GCCUUAUCAGCUCUUUGAGCUUUUGCUUUUCUAUCCUCUAACCUCAAAAUUUUGGAGUCACAUCGUCCAAGUGAAGUGCCGUGACAAUUUUAGUUUCCGAGAUUAAUAUUAAUUUUCCAUCAUGCAACCGGUCGCGCACAUAGUGAAAGUUUCCAUCCCAAAUUACCUGGUUGAUUUGCCAAUACCGUCAACUCUUGGAGGCUGGUUCUAUCUAGGGAUUAAGGACUGGGGUAAAUUGAUACCUUUCUUCGCCUUUGUCGGAGGUAGCUCCUAUGCUGCCUACAAACUUCUGAAGCCAAACUCUACAAUUAAUCCCAGUAUAAAGAAAGACUCAUCAAAAGUAGUUGACUGUCUUAACAUAGAAGACCUUGGAGAACAAACUGCAUUUUGCCGAUGUUGGCGUAGUAAGAAAUUCCCCCUAUGCGAUGGUGCUCACGGACCUCACAACAAAGAAACUGGUGAUAACGUAGGCCCUCUAGUGCUGUCAAAGAAAAGCAAGUAGGGUUAAAAAUUAAGGGUUUAAGUUGUCUAUAGUUUUCUUUUUCUCAAUUGAUUUUUUUUGUAAUAGUCCUAUAUUCAUUACUCCCAAUAUCACUGAGCGCCCUCGCGUAAAUCUGUUAUAUUGCUCAUUAAAUGACACACAGUUUGUGAUUAGUUCCAUGUUGAGAUGUUCGACUACAUGUAAUGUUGAGAUCGUCCCAUAAAAAAAUAAUUUACUUGCUUGUCCUUUUCUUAAUAUUGUAAUUAGUUAGAUUGGUAAAUCGAGUGUAACUUCUUCGGAGUUAGGUCAGUAAUCCCUAGAAUCCCCUGAUUUUUCCCCUUUGAACUACAAAAGAAUUUUAAAAAAACUGAACCGGUCUCAAAAUUUCUGUGAUAAUCUCUUGUUUUACCUAGUGCAGAUUAGAUGCACCUCAUACUAUUAACGGUUUAAAACAAGUCAAUACUCUACAGUUUUCUGAAGUACCUACUUUAUUACUUUCCCUCUUUAGUCUCGUUUGUUUUUAUUGUUACAAAGAACAUCUCAAUUUUUAUCUGCCCCAGUGAAAAGAGCAUUUAGUAGUCUUUUAUCGGUGAAUGUAAAGUUCAACUAUCAUACUGCUGAUAAGGCCUGAACUUCAGCAAGAAACGAGAGGCUGUUAUCUUAUCAACUGUAUACCCAGUCCCACUAAUGCGCCAAUUACCUGUUCAAACAACUAUAUAUUAGGUAGUCCCAUCAGCGUGUCAAGACUCUUCACAGCAAUCUGCUAUUUUAAUUUGAAGUAAAAAUUGUAAAUUAUCGUUUUUUUAGGUUUUACAAUUACACCUCUCCAUCUGUCCAUCCCAGCAGGGACUUCCUCCUUCUACACCCCGAAAAAGAUGUAGUACCUGUGUUAAUUACUAAAUACUGAACAUCAAUUCCUGUAGUUUGUAGUUUAGUUUUAACUUUUACCUUUAUGUAUGCAUUUGCUUUUUUUCUACCCGCAGAAUGACAGGAGUCAUUAUAUGUAACUGGGUUAUUACUGAUCACAUGUUCUUUGUAUCCCUCAUCAAGCAUUUUUUAUAAAAUCUAUCUCCCCCUCCCUAUGAGCUGAAAAGUACAUAAUGGUCUAAAUAAAUUUUUAUUACUUGUUAAA